CUCCAAAACGGCAUGCCCUUUGGCCUUUACCCCCUACUGCUCUGCUUCCUUUAGUUUCCUUUUUCAGUGAGACCGCAGCUGAGCAGUGUGUACUGUGUACCCAUUCUCCAAUCCUUUCCACUCCCUCCUGUCUCUGCAAAUUCUCCCCAUUUUGCUUCUUUGGAGUUGAGGGAGAGAGGGUUUAGGGCGUUCUUGAAAGAAUGGAGAGAAAGCAAGGAUUUUUUUCGGCUCUGAAAGAGGAGGUGGUUAGAGGGUUAUCUCCGGGGAGGUCGAGGUCGAGGGGCCGGAGCCCGUCUCCGUCGGGUUCGGGUCUUCUCCGGCGCCGGCGUGCGAGCCACGCUCCGCCCCCGGAUGUCUACAUUUCGAGAUCGGGGAGCCUGAGGCCCGGCGGCGUGGAGACGCUGUCGCCGCUGAUGGAGGGCCCGGAUCCGAACGCGUCGGAGUGCGGCGGCGACUCCAAGAGCGAGAAGUGGGGACACUGGAUGAAGGGCCAGCUGUGCCGGGCCCCGUCCGUUUCCGUUUCCGGGUCGAGCUUCCAGCAGCGCUCGGAUCUGAGGCUGCUGCUCGGCGUCUUGGGUGCGCCGCUUGCCCCCGUGCAUGUUAGCAACAAUGACCCUUUGCCUCAUCUCAGCAUUAAAGACACCCCCAUUGAAACUUCAUCGGCUCAGUACAUCUUGCAGCAGUACACAGCGGCGUCUGGAGGGCAAAAGCUGCAAAAUGUGAUUCAUAACGCUUAUGCGAUGGGGAAGGUUAAGAUGUUGGCGUCUGAUAUUGAGACGGCCACCAAGGUCAUAAAGAGCAAGAACUCUUCGAAAACUGCAGAGUCGGGUGGAUUCGUGCUUUGGCAAAUGAACCCGGAUAUGUGGUACGUUGAGCUUGCGUUGGGGAGCAGCAAAGUUCAUGCGGGUUGUAACGGGAGACUUGUUUGGAGGCAUACGCCUUGGCUUGGCGCUCAUGCGGCUAAAGGUCCUGUCAGACCCUUACGACGUGCUCUUCAGGGACUCGAUCCACGAACCACUGCAAACAUGUUUGCCAAUGCAAAGUGCACGGGGGAAAAGAAAAUCAACGGUGAGGACUGCUUUGUUCUCAAACUAUGUGCUGACCCGCAUACAUUGAAGGCCAGAAGCGAAGGACCGGCAGAGAUCAUUAGGCACGUUUUGUUUGGUUAUUUCAGCCAGAAAACCGGGCUUCUUGUACACUUGGAAGACUCCCACCUGACUCGUAUCCAAACAAACGGAGGAGAUGCUGUUUACUGGGAGACCACGAUCAAUUCAUUCCUCGAUGAUUAUAGACCCGUCGAGGGGAUCAUGAUCGCUCACUCGGGCCGAUCAGUGGUGACACUUUUCCGCUUUGGUGAAACUGCCAUGAGCCACACGAAAACCAGGAUGGAAGAAGCAUGGACUAUUGAGGAAGUGGCGUUCAACGUUCCGGGUCUUUCAGAAGAAUGUUUCAUCCCUCCCGCUGAGCUAAGAUAUGGUUCGAUCGGUGAAGCCUGUGAACUUUCUCAAGGGCAGAGAGUACAAACCACCAUGGCUGCUGCAGCAGCAUACCGAGCAAAAGUUGCUGCACUGGAGAAAUCUCGCGAUGGCAAUGUCAAUAAUAUUGUACUGAGGAUGAACAUUUAACCGUAAAGAAAGAGGUCUUUUCUGCAUAAUUUUUCAAGAUGGUUAGGCCGGGAGAACCAGAAUCCAGAGGUAAAUAAUUACCGAGUUAGGAUUCUAGAAUGUCAGUGAUUAAGGAAUUUUGAACUCGAACACAGGUCUUCUACCGUCUACCCUACUACCUCAAUCUGUACAUAUUCAGUGUCUUUAGUAUCAUUCAGCACUUGUAUUUUGCUAUUUCCUCCUAACAUGAGAUCACGCAUAACUCUUUUAUGAUCGUCAAUUGUAAGCUUUAGAUCCAUGUUUUUUAUGCAAUGAUUUUCUAAAGUUUUAGUUCA